AUGGAAUCACAUUCGCGGCGAGAGUAUAUACAGCAAGGCAUGCACCGGUCCCGGCUGCUUGAGCUGCCAGCAGAAAUCCAACUCAUCAUCUGCGAAUACGUUCUGUACUCACCGACCCCCAUCAUGAUGAACGAUGAUUCUGGGCCCAGGAUUCGCUUCCGGUACCUGUCUCACAAUCACAUCACCAGCAGCGUAUACCGGCCCCCGGCUCUCACGCAAGUCAACCGCCUGCUACGAUACACUACGCUGAAGCUUCACUACACUAUCAAUCGAUUCGUAGCAUCUUGCGAAUUUGCCCAUACGAGGAACUAUCGGGCGGCCAGGAUAACCCUUUGGUUACAACUCAUGGGCCCACUGCAUCGAGCGCGACUGGGAGGGCUCACCAUCUACGAUCGGAACAUCUUGAACCUUCACGGCGGCGUGAAAGGAUAUCGUGCCACGUACGAUGAUACCUAUUUGCUUCUUCUGCGAUUCAAGCUAGAGCAGAUGGGAGGGGUCCUUACACGAGAAUACCCAACCGCACACUUCUUCCAGGUGACAUUUCCUGAGCCGUGA